AUGGUGCACUUACUGAUUGAUUUAGAUAGCGCGUUUGCAGAUUCAAUGUUAGAAGAGCUAUUACAAAAGGACGUUUAUAUCCCGCUGUUUUACGAAAACAAAGAGUCUGGCGAAAACAAAGAGUCUGGCGAAAACAAAGAGUCUGACGAAAACAAAGAGUCUGACGAAAACAAAGAACCUGAUGAAAACAAAAAGUCUGCUCUCUCGUGCGCUAUAUUAAAAGGAAAAGCAAAAGUAGUUAGUCUGCUAUUAAAGUGUUACUGCCGCAGAACUGAAGACCAAGAGUCUGAUGAAAACAAAGAGCCUGACGAAAACAAAGAAUCUGACGAAACCAAGA